GUGUCGCAGAUUUUAAAAAGUGAGAGAGGCAGGCAGCAGGAGUUCAGAGAGAAGGGAGCACAGAGUCUCAGCGCUCAAAACAAGAGUUCACAGCGGGAGCGAGCGUCCACAGCCACACACGGACAGAUUUUCCUCCACUGACUCGAAGUGUUUUUAUCGGAGCUCUUCGAUAGGAAAAGCUCAGAGUCAGUUUGUGAUCUGUUUGGAGCGUGUGGAACAGCGCGCAGCGAUGGAGCUGUCAUCUAUAGGGGACCAAGUGUUUGCAGUGGAGUCAAUAACAAAGAAAAGAGUCAGAAAGGUAAGAGGCAUGCCUAGUUAUUGACUUUAUAACUUAUUUACGUCAGCUUUGUACCCUAAGAGUACAGUCUGUUAACUGUCACACUUUGUUCUCAUGCGCAACAAAAACUAGGCUACGCAUUUUCCGAACCUUUUAUGCCGAAUACAUGUUGAAGCAGAUGCAAUAUGUACAAUUUAACAACUGCGCCGGAGUUGAAGUUUGUUUGGGUCGCAUCCUGCUAUCGGACUGUGCAGCUGCUGAGGCAUGGACGUGUUUUGAAGGAGCCUACGCAGCUGUAGUAAAAUGUUGAAGGGGGUGUGUAUCCUGGAAGCGGGAGUACGUUUAGUGCACGGGGGGAGCUACGCAGUUGAUAUAAGUUACGCCAGAAAGCGGCGCAGCAGUUUGUGCUGCGUAAUGUACCUGACUGCUGUGUAACGGUGACCCAGUAAGUAAAGAGGAGGACGCGCAGAUAGUUCCCACUGUUUCUAAAGGUUACUCUUAAUUUGACGCAGUACGUGUACAUAAAAAAAAAAUAAUAGUAAUAAUAGAAAGUGAAAUAAUAAAAAAAAUUUGCACAGCAUUGUCAUUUCAUUCAUUGGUUGCAGGUGAUGAUAAGAUUCAUAAAAAUGUAAUAAAAUAUUAAAAGUCUGUUUCCGUUGACAAACACUUUUCAUUGUCUCGCGGGAUUUUCUCUUAGUGAUUUUUUUUUGCUGGUUGAAAAAUUGCGCAACACCACGUUGUUUACAUGUUCGCGUGGCCCCACCUAUCCCGAGCCACCGGUGUGAUGUUCCAGAAAGAUCCCGUGCGCUACUGAAACCGGCUCGUGCUGCCAUGUGCAGUCACGUCACCGCAGUGCGAGAGAAUUAGAGAGAGAGAAAGAGAGAGAGAGACAGAGAGGGAGAGAGAGGGGGGCUGGUGUUUGGAGGCUGCCUGGCCCCGCUGUCAUUGACGUCAUCCCGGAGAAAAACACCGUUUGAAAGAGAGAAAAUUGUCCAUGACCCUCCUCCCCUCCCCUCCCUCAAUAUGUUAAAGUGACAGUCAUCCUUUUCUCUGUCAUUCACGCUCAAAGCCUCACAGCUGCAUGCUUUAUACUCACACUUGGUCAGGGUUGCAGUACAGGUGAGUAUCGGUGGGUGCUUUUAGUUAGAGGGAACUUUCCCCAAGAACUAGGAUCCCUUUGGGGAACUUUUAUGACAGGAAUCAGCAUCAACUUUCCUAUAACUUAGUUCAUAUCUGUUAAUGUUGUUGUUGUUUGAGUUGUAUUAAUGAAAAGACCCCUCAGUCUCAGUGUGUCCCACCUGCUACUGUUGAAAAGGUUCCUGGAAAAGUCCCCACUCAGAGGGUUGCACUGUCAAAGAUCCAGGACCUUCAAGGGUAGUCUGAAGAUCAUCUAAUUUAACUAGAAUUUUCUCCCCCUGUUUGUGAUGUUGACAUGUAGUUACUGUAAGACUGGUUUGUACCAAAGUCCUGUUUUUUCUGUACAGCUCCGUUUUUAAAAGUUAUUAGGGGGUUCAUGUUUUCUAUGAUUGACACCUGAUACAGCCUAUGGGUGUACAAGGAUUGCGUAGCUCACCCGAGGGGAUACACUGUUUGAGCUGAGCGGCAUCUCAGCGACUCUCCUGCAGACAAUAGGGCAAACAUGUAGAAGCACAAAAGACAGAAAUGGUGCCUACAACGUGAUGUUAUUUAAAGCUCCUGUAAGGAACUCUCAGUUUGUGUAACUUUUGGCGCCCCCUGUGGACAAAGCAGUUUUUGCACCUUGACUUGAAUAGUGACUUUUGACAAAAAAUCUCAUCCUGCAGCAUUUUGACAGUCAAAUAUACCAUUUAUUGUGAAUAUUUUAUGUGAAAAUUAGAACCAGGGCUAGUUUUCAGUUGCUCAGCUGACACCUACCCCCUAACAUUGGUUUCAGACAUGAGAAAUUUCAAUGUCAAAAUCAUCAAUCUUGGUCUUGUUUGCUUUUGAAUAUUAAGAAAGGGCAUCUGUAUAAAUUUCAGUCAAUUUCAUAAACGGCAGAAAAAUUCUCACAGGAGCUUUAGUAACUAACAUAAUCUUCACGGAACUUUAGGCCCAUAAGUUCCUGGAAAUAAAAGUUCCUGGUACUUGCAGUUUUAAUACCUUAUGUGUCUGAUUCUCACCCCAUCUUUUUCUCUCUCUCUCUCUCUCCUCAGGGUAAUGUGGAGUAUCUACUGAAGUGGCAGGGUUGGCCCCCAAAGUGAGUAAGACUUGAGUCAUCACCAGUGAUCUCAUCCCCUCAAUAUAAACUCUGAGACCUUUUCAAAGCAUACUCUUCUUUAGCCAAGCCCCAUCUCCAGUAAACAUAGACAGAUAGUCAGACAGAUAGAUGGAUAGAUAGAUAGAUAGAUAGAUAGAUAGAUAGAUAGAUAGAUAGAUAGAUAGAUAGAUAGAUAGAUAGAUAGAUAGAUCACAUUUAGAUACAUAGAUCUAAAUGUGUAUGUGUGUGUUGGCAGGUACAGUACUUGGGAACCAGAAGACAAUAUUUUGGACCCGCGCCUGGUCCUGGCCUUCGAAGAACAGUGAGUAAUUAUGCAAAGUUUGUGAUCUGCUUGCUUUGCGCUUUUACUUUCCUUUACUUUUUGUUCCCUCACUCACAAUCUGUUUCUAUUUGUCAUCCCGUCUCUGUCCUUUUCCGCCCCUCUACUCUCCGCCUCUCUCUCAGUCAGGAGAAGAUCAGAGCUCUGGCCUACCGCAGGAAAGGUCUCAGACCCAGGAGGCUCGUCCUGAGGGUAAAGACAGCUUACUUUACUUUCUGUCUCUUCAGCUUUUUUUUACAGCCUCCACAAGUUUCAUGUGAAACACUGAAAGAGUAUGACCUCAAGUUAAUAUUCCUCCUCUGUAGUUGUAAGAAUUCAGUUAAGUAAGAUCUUACAUUGUAACACCCUGGAGAGCUUUGCUACAGAGAGGGAAAAAAUCUCUCUGAUUCAACAUGCAGUAACUCAUAGUUUGAUUAAAUUGAAAUUUAUGCAUUUCAGAGGGUGGAAUCACUUUCCCAUACAGAGAUCAAAAUCAAGAUCUGAUGAUCUGACAGUGCUGCUCUCAGUGUGGGCUGCUUUUAGUCCAAAGCCAGUUCAAAGACAUACAUUUUAAAAUGGUUGUCAACAUGCAGUUUUAUUUGUUAAAGUAAAAGUAAACAGCGGACAGAUGCCGUCUUAAGCAAACAGUAUUGAAAAGGAAGUAAAUGAUGAAAUUAGAGGGGGCUUCUGUCAGUGGUGGGUUAAUGCAUGUUUGUACAUUGACUCAAAAUCAGCUACAUUUAGUUCAUACUGUGAUUUAUAGCCAAAUACUUUCAAAUCUAAUCACUUAGCUGUCAGCCUCAGCCACAUUACAUGAUUGCUCAUGUAUGUACUGUAUGUAACAGUACAUUACUAUCUAAUUACUACUAUAUAUUUUUGCGUUCAGGACUCAGUUUUAUGAUACAUUUUAUUACUUUAUGAUCAUUGACUGUAAAGUUGUUAAUGAGCCCUCAUUUUCGGCUUUUUGUGCUGACAUAUUGCUGUGAAGCAGCCAAGCCAUGGGCAGAAGCAGCCUUAGGACUGAUGUUACACCCUUUAGGCACACCCAGAGCAAACACUCAGAGAUAAAACUUAAAAAGAUCCUCCAGGUGGGGAUAGUGGAUACAGUCCACACCGGAGCAGACUUGUGUGUGGGUUUGAUGCUGACACUCACAGUUAUUUAAAGUUAUUUUUUCAGUGCUCAGUACUCAGUACAUAUUAUCUUACGGUUCUUGCUCCACAUGAAUAGUCUAAUGCACGCACAAACAUUUACAUGUUGUGCAAUAAAAAACCUGGGCCUUUGAAAUAUAUGCAAACACAUCAGUCAGAUUGAAAUUGCAGUAAAAAGGACAAUCAUUCCAAGAUAACCCUCUUGGGGAUUAACUGUCUCUUCUCUGUGUACAUCUCAAUAGGAUUCAAACUAGUCUUAGCGUUCAAUAUGUAUAGAGAUGCCUACAUGUUAGCUGUACUUCUGAACAUGUUGGUUUUAGGUGUUUUUAUGGGAUUUGUUGACAGAAAGAAAAAUACGGUCCCCUUGUGGUUAGUGGGAGUACUACAAAUUUGGCAGUGAAGGUUUAUCAACAGAAAUUGAAUAAUAAAGAUGUUAAAUUAGUUUUUGCUCUCGAUUUCUCGACUUCCUUAGUUCUUCAUAUCUAUAAAUGGAUGAUCUUUUUGUAGUGCACAGGCCUUGGCCUCAUUUCACAGAGUUGAAGUCUGUUCAUGAAGUAAAAAAAUGUUCAGUUUCUCCAGAGAUUUUGAUCAUAGUGAUGCAGUAAGAUGUUCAUGAUGUUUUUUUUUUUUUACCUCUCACCUGUCCCAGAGCCUCUUUGCCAUGGACCUCCGCAGUGCCCACAAAAUCCCAGAGAAGCCCCCCCCUCGACUGCGUCUCUCCCUCACUCGCUCCAUGAGCACGGACGUGGACCAGGGCGAGCGCGGCAGCAUUUACCGACGGCAAGUCUGGAGGAAGAGCAAGCAGAGGACGUCCAGGAGGGUACCAGAGGGACCCUCGCAUAAAACCAUCCGUCCACUGAGGAAGAAGGAGGAGGCCAUAGAGGAUGAGUGGGGAGGCACCAGUGAAGAGGAGAAGCAGGAGUCUGAGAGCACAACAGAGGAGAGACAUGAGGACAGUUUAUAUGGUGAGUCAAAGAACUGUGAGGAGUCUGUGACCAGUUAUGAAACACAUUUGACUUCAUUGUUUCUUGUUCUGCCUGAUACGGAUUCUAAUUCCAUUCAACACAAAGGGUCUAUUUUUAUCACAUAAUAGUUAAGCUAUGGUACUGGAUUGGUACAUUGACUAUCUACUUGCUGAUGCUGUAUUAGGGGUCAGCAGUACUAGUUUUGGUGUGAGGUCCACACUAAAAACAUAUGUAUUUAAAUACUAAUGCCUCUUUAUUUAAUUAUUAUUAUUUUUUAUUAUUUUUUAAACAUCUUUUUUAUUUCAUAUUGAUACAACAACCAAAAAAAAAGUCUAAUAUAUCUAUAUAUAUAAAUAAAUAAAAAGUACAGAAUCAGACAAGUACAGUAUAAAGAAACAAAAUAAGAAAAGUAAGUAAAUAAAUAAAGAAAAAAGAAAAAGGCUACAACAAUAAUAUAGUAUACAUAUAGGCUAUAUAUGUGAACAUGUUCAUAUACAUGCACAUACAAAUGCAUACCUACUGAAUUACAAAUAGUCACUGAUCCCUCUUAAAGAAAUUCUCCAAUUUUGAAAAUAAUGGAGUCCAAAAAUCUUGAUAUGAGCACAGUUGUAUUUUUCCAAGGUUAAUUUUUCCAGCGGUAAAAAAAUUGUAUAAGGGGUCAGCAGUACUGGUAUUGGUGUGAGGCCCACACUACAAACUGAUUUAUUCAAAUACCGAUGCCUCUGUAUAAUAAAAAGGUAGUUAGACCAUGAAUAUUUAGACCGUCAGUGUUGCAUUAGAGCUUUGGACAAAUUGAUUUGCUGCAUGUUAUUUGACAGAAUCUUUGUUUUUGUUUUUAAAAGACAAAAAAUGACACUAAUUAAAGUCCACAGCUCAUCAAGUUUGCAAGUUUCUCACAGUUGUUUGAUUGCAUAGACUUUCAGUCACACUCACAAAAUGUAAUUUUCCCCCUCUCUCCCUUAGGUCAGUCAGACUGCAGCUCGCCGCCCCUGCUGGAGCGUCAGGACUUGGAGAUGGAGGUGAUGGAGGAGAGGGAGAGCAGUCUGAUGGACGAAGGCUUGGAGAUGUGGACUGACCAAACAGAAACGAGACAGAACCAAAUAUUUGCAUGUGAUCAAUCAAAGGACAGCAUCUCCGUGCCCAUGGUUGGAUCAGAAGAUGCCGCCAUACCCAGUGACGGGUCAUACUGGGGUGGAGGCGAGGAGGAGGUGGUGGAGUCAGAGUGGGAGUGUCCCACAUUAGAGAGCAACAAUCACGUGACGACAAAGAUGCUGAGUGAUCAGGGGAGCAGCCAGACGACGGCCGAGGAAAAGAAGGAGGAGGAGGGAGAAAAGGAUGACAGUCAGAGCACUACACCGGAAAGUGAGACUCCUCCCAUAACAGCAAAGCAUCCUGGGAAGGUGAUUGUGACUAAAGUGACUAUUGACUCUCUGACAGUGACUUUUAAAGAAGCCACGGUGGCAGAGGGCUUCUUUAAGAGCUAUUGAAUGAGGAGGGAAACUAAAUACUCAUCUGUAAACUCACCACUCAUUUUGUACGUGUAAAUAUUUGUGUUUGUAAAAUAAUUCCACAUGUUUACAAAGCUACACUCAUUUCUACAAAAGACAAUGAAGACUUUUGCCUUGGAGUAAAAAGUAAGAGAUUAUUUAUCCCUAGGGCUCAUUUAUCAGGGGAUAGGAAGCCUGAUGCACCGGAGACAUGGUCAGAUAAUCCUUAAAACACCUGGGCCCGGUUAUUCUGAAGGAUUUAAUUUGGACAAAAAUUAUCCUAACUAGAAAAUCCACUUCCCAUCCAAGGGGUCUGUUCAGAAAGGAGGGUCAACAAACUCUGAGUCUUUACCCUCAGAUAGGAAACUCUGAGUCUUCAGUAACAGAACAGCUGAUUUGAGUUGGUUCAGUCCACUCUGAGUUUGGAGUGUGCACAGUGACGGUAAAAAGCCAGCGCGAAUGGAGACCUGCUACUACAAUUCACCAUGGUAACAGGCCCUCCUACUUAACCCUGUGGAAUCUGAAAUUGAACAAAUGUGUAGAAAUACAGUAACACUACUGCUGUAAAACAACACAAGAGAAAAUUGCUUAAAACUGUUUAAAAUAGUCCAACUAUUUAAUAAUUAAUCAGGAUAAAAGUAGGCAACAGGUAGACAGUCAUGGAAUGGUUUUCAAACUUGAAAUAAUUUGUAUUCAGAAGCACUCUUGAGUGGACUAAAGCCAAUUUGAAGGUAACUGAAAAUGAAAUGUGAUAAUAGAAAGGAAUAGGCUCGGAUGCAAAAACACGUCCACAGAGGUUGAUGUUGGUGAUGUUAGGGUUGUUACACAAUAGUGUGUAUUUAAAAUCAGCUCUGUGUAAAUGUCAUUCACUGGAGAUUAACGCCCUUAAUCUACAGCGUGGCUCCUCAGUAAAAUACAAAGCCCAUUCAGGUCCCAUGAGGAGUGAAAACAAGAGCCAUGUGCCAAUCCAUGCGCACAGUUCAUAAUCUUUGAUCAAUUUUCUGUCUGUGCAGACUGAUUUGCUAUCUGAGGCACCAUUAAUAUGUUCAGAUUAUCCUUGCAAACUGCAGAGGGAUUUGCACAUGACUCUUUUAUUAUUUCUUGGCAAAAAGGAUCUGAUAGGCUGAUUAUUUAGAACUACAAUCAAAAUAAUUCUGAAAGAUGGAAUGACUGAACACGGAAAUGAUUUUUUUCUCUCACAAUAGAGACUCAGAGCUUCAGUCAGGUUACCCCCUUUGUCUUGAGUGAGCUUAACUUACCCCUUUUCCUUGGGUUUGAGCCAAUCCCCCCUCUGAAAUGGAAAAAAAAAAGUUUUACUCAUUUCUAGGUUAACAGACUCAGAGUUUGCACUUAACCUGCUCUAAAACAGAGUUCAGAACAACUGGAAAGGACCAACAUAAUCCAGAUACAGGCUCUUAAAGACAACUACAUCUUGAGUAAAAAAGUGCUCAAUGGGACUACAUAUUUUGUCCACAGGGGGCACCAAAAUCAACACAAACUAAAACCUUGUGACAGUUGCUCCAAAAUCAAUAUUUGAUACAUGGUUUAAUGAAAAUACCUAAGCAAGACAAAAUCCUUCAUUUUUCCAGUCUUUUUGUCCACUUAAUCUCAUGUCACAGAACCGAUUCAGCAAUUUUAACAAAAGUGAAAAAACCUAAAGGAUUUGAACUUUUCAGUUCAUGUAAACCAAAUUGAAUACAACCCUGUGUUUGUAAUCUUAAAAAAUCAAAGCAAAAAGUUUGAACUUUUUAAAACCAGAGCUAGAUCACUAAGUCAUCAAUGACCUAGAAUAAACACUGUCAGAAAACAAGUCAUAGUUUUACUUGAUUUCACAGCCGCUUUUAAUACUAAGUUUUAUGUUUUCAACUGACAACCUUAAAUCUGCUGAAUCAAAAGUUACCCUGUGGCGUUCCACAGAGAUCAAUCCUUAGCCCACUCUUCUUCAGUGCAAUCAUGAAAAAACAUGUCAUACCAUUCAUAUGCUGACGAUACUCGGUUAUGAAUCUCCCUCACAUCCAGUGGCCUCAAUCCUGUAGACUAACUGUUAGACUGUAUACAUGAUAAUUACUGUUGGAUGUCCAUCUACCUUUUAGAACUUAACAAAGACAAAAAACUGAAACACUCGUGGUCAGUCCAAAAAAAUAAAUAAAACAAAAGCUUGAAAUCUAUGUCUUAAAAAUACAGAAAGAAAGUCUGAAAUCUUGGUGUAACUUCCGACUCUACCACCUGACGUUAUUUUAUUUUGACCAGCUGUAAUUCAAUUUGAUAUCUUUAAUCUGCUCGGAUCACUUUUGAACAGCUGGACCCAGAUUAAACGGAUCUGUGUGGCAAGCUGCUGAGUAAAGACACGGUUGAUACAGUUUCAAAGGUUAAACUCCACAUUACUUCUUCCACACAGUGUCGUCCUCAGUGCUCUGAUCUGUUAUCAAGGGCCUCUUUAGCUGCCCCUCUUUCUUACAUUCUUACAUUUUGUAAAGAUAUCAGUCUUUUCUCAGCACUUCCACAGAGCUCGCUGCAUGCCCUGUCACUCUGUGCUACAGUGGCCUGUCCUGUGGGUUUUUUUUUUUAGAGAGGUUUAUUUCUGGCACAAAAGAAUAAAAACAAAGAGAAAGAUAUAACGCCUGACGCUUUGGUGAAGUUGUGCUUUUCAAGAAGGAAUGAAACACAAAAAGAAGUACACAGUUGUGUUGCUGUCCGUGUUUUUUAUUAUUUCAGUAUGAUAUGCUUCCUGGUUCUAUUUUUGUAUUACCAACUGAUAGUCCACUCUCUUCUCAAGCUUUUGUGCUUUUUUUCGAACGAAGCGAAGUCAGUGUACACUGCCGCUGCUCUGUUGUGUAGGCUAGUGAAGCACUUGUAUGUUAGGUCAGACAGUAAUGAGCUUUAUUUAUUGCAUGUCACAUGUAUAAGCUAAUCUAACUUAUGUCUCUGAAUAUGUCCCAGUCUGUUUCUGAAAAAGAUGAACUGUCAAACACGUCUUCUCUUUACAAAAAUGAAUUUUUAUUUUAGUGCAUUUCCAAUAAAUAUGUGUAAAAAGUAACUGCCUC